AUUCCAGUCCCGGAUCAUCUUGAUGGUCUCUGGAGAAAUUUAGAACUGAAUGAUUCGGCCUCAUUCUGUGUUGAGUGCUUUUAUUGUGAAGUAGUAUACCGGAAGUCGUGCUGUUGACGGAUAACAGCGACAGAUUAAACGUCAGCCAUGGCUGAGACACACAGUUUACAAGACUUCCAGCGGCCAGCUGUGUCCUCCAAGGUGUUCAUUCAGAGAGACUACAGCUCGGGAACUAUAUGCAAGUUCCAGACCAAAUUUCCAUCCGAGCUGGAGUCGAGGCUCGAUAAGCAGCAAUUUGAGGAAACCAUCCAGACUUUAAACAACCUGUAUGCUGAAGCAGAGAAACUCGGGGGGAGCUCCUAUCUGGAAGGCUGUCUGGCCUGUCUAACAGCUUAUACAGUCUUCCUCUGCAUGGAGACUCACUAUGAGAAGGUGUUAAAGAAGAUUGACAGAUAUAUUAAAGACCAGAAUGAGAAGAUCUAUGCUCCAAGAGGCUUGCUGCUGACCGACCCCAUCGAGAGAGGCCUCAGAGUCGUUGAAAUCACCAUCUUUGAAGACAGAAACAUUGGCUCUGGAAGAUAAAAUAAUCUUGAGGUGGAAACCGUCAUCCUCCCUGAUCUAAACUGUAUAAACAAAGUCUUCACCUGAAUGAUGCGUACACUUUAUCUGAUCACGUUUGCCUGCUAUUUAUCAUGUUUUCCUAUUCUGAUUUUUGUACAUGUUUUUAUAAAUACAAAUCUUUGUGAAGCGUGCCAUUAUGUGAAACGGCACUCUUUUGGUUACUGCUGAGGCUGGGUCCACUGCCAAAUUCCUGAAAGCCUUCAAUUUAGAUCCAUAAAUUCAUUAUGUCAUUCAGUUAUGAUUGGAGUAGAUUUAAAGUGUGAAUAUCAAAGUACAGUUUUCUUAUUAAAACCUGUUCAAAAACCUGUUUUAGGCUGAUCAGGGCAGGACAAUGUCUAAACAUAAAAAAAGAUUAACAGAAAUAAAGAUGAAAUAAAAAAUUGCUUAAAAGGAAGAUCGAUCCAGGAUUUCAGGGAUCAAUAUUGAAUCUUGUGAUUAAAGAUGCAAAAAGCUUCUAUAAACCCAGCCCCAUGGUUACUACACACCUGUAUUGAUUUUGUAAAUUUUUUUUUCCUACUCUAAAAGUGUUUUUGAUAUCCAUGUAUUGUAAUUCAAGUAUUGCCCCAGACUGUAAACCAAGUGACAUUUCCGUGUUCAUGUGCUGCUCAGACUGUAUGACGAGGUCGUUCAGUCGAAACACAAACAUUCAGCAGCAUGUGGUCCCUCUGUCCCAUCCUGAGAACUGGAAGCAGAAGUCCACAUGGUGUUCCACCUGGAUCUGAUCCAUGAGGAGAACUGAAGCUCAGAUGGACGGCACAAAACAGAACAUGUCAGAAUAAAGCAAAGGACCAACGGCUGGAAGUCUGAAGAGAGAAAUGUGCUUGAAAGUAUCAGUUACUAGUCAGUUUAUAGUGAUACAUUUUGCCUGAACUGUUAGUUAGCUGAAAUAAACCAUCUUUUUUGUCUU